AUGAAUGGUCCUUUGAAAUAUUCUUCCUUUGAAACUAUUGAAGAUAGUGUUAGUUGUCUCCGUGGUACAUUUGUUACUGGAAGACCACGUGAACUCUAUUGGCGCAAAUUCCAUGUCCAACGUCUUUACGAUCUGGUGAAACAAAACGAAGAACGAUUUUAUGAAGCACUUGCCAAAGAUAUGAAUAAACCUCGUAUGGAAGCCUUUGUUGGUGAUAUCUCUCCUGUACUUGAAGAAUGUAUUUAUUACUUGGAUAAUCUCGAUCGGCUUAUAAAGGAUAGAAAAGUCAAAUCAAGAUCUCGUAUUAGCAAUGCAGGCGGUAUCAACAUUAUACGCAAGGACCCUCUUGGUGUGGUAUUGAUUAUUGGUGCUUGGAACUUUCCUGUUCAACUUACUCUUGUUCCUUUAGUGGCUGCUCUUGCUGCCGGCAAUACUGUGAUUUUGAAGCCUUCUGAAAUAUCUGCACAUACAUCUGCCUUGUUAACUGAAUUAUUUCCCCUCUACUUGGAUAGCAGUAUUUGUCGUAUCGUCAAUGGUGGUGCCACUGAAACAACAUUCUUAUUGACUCAUUCAUUCGACUACAUCUUUUAUACUGGAAGUACUCGUGUAGGCAAGAUUGUGAUGGAAGCUGCAACUAAGCAUUUGACUCCUAUCACUCUUGAACUAGGGGGAAAAUGUCCUGCUUUUGUGACAGAGGACGUAAACAUUGAAACCGUGGCUCAACGUAUUGCUUUUGGCAAAUUUUACAAUGGUGGUCAGGCAUGUGUAGCUGCAGAUUACGUAUUAAUUCAUGAAUCCAAACUAGCUGGUUUUAUUGAUGCUUUUGCCAAGACAAUCAAAAAAUGGUUUGGUGAAAAUCCUCGUCAUUCUAGUCAUUUUGCUCGUAUGGUGACUGUGAAUCAUUUCGAUCAUGUUGCUCGAUUGCUUAAUGAACGUCAAAGCGGUGAUAUUGUUAUUGGUGGUGAUAUGCAUCGAGAUGAACGGUAUAUUGGUCCAACUUUGGUGACAAACAUUGCUUAUUCGGAAUCAGUAUUGAUGGGUGAUGAAAUCUUUGGUCCUGUUUUACCUGUUUUGACCUACAAGGAAAUCGAUGAUGCUAUCAGUUAUGUUAAUAAAAAAGAAUCUCCUUUGGCUUUGUAUAUUUUUUCCAAAAACAAAAAAGUGACGGAAAAAAUUUUGAGUACUACUCGAUCUGGUGGUGUUUUGGUGAAUGAUACUUUGGUGCAUCAGGCUGAAUAUUCAUUACCAUUUGGUGGAAUUGGAAACUCUGGAAUGGGUAGCUACCAUGGAGAAAAAUCAUUUGAUACAUUUACUCAUGAACGAUCCAUCUUGAUCAAGAAUCAACGUAUGGAAUCAUUGAUGAGAUUACGAUAUCCACCUUAUACAUCCAAGAAUUUCCGCAUCUUACGAUCACUACUCUCUACACAUCCUUGGGUAUACUACUACAAGACUCAUCGCACCGGUGUCAAAGUUAAUUUGUUAUUGGCUUUCCUUUUGAUUCUCUUUUUACGACAACGAUAUUGA